CCAGAAGAAGACGGACAGCUACGUAGCUCUGAGUGAGUGAGUGGGCGAGUUAGCUAGAGAGAAUAGACGGCUGCGAACUUACUUUCAUUGUUUAUGCUUUUAAAUCAUCUCUACAGAGGCAACGCCUGCGUGUAUCAUCUUUUCUGUUGUUGUGUGUUUUCCACCCGCGAUCGGACACUUAGAGCCAGUUGUGUGGUUGUUUGAACGAUGUGCUAAUGAUAGCGAACGCAUGCUAACCUGUUACUUAUUACUAAUAGUACCUAAUUAUCAUUUAUUUACGUUGAUGCGAACCUGUUUUCUAUCGAGGACCAAAUUGAUUCAGCAAAUUAUACGGACGUCCAGCAUUGUCUUUUGGGAGUUCGCUGUAUAGCCAGGACAGGCCGUAGCGUAGGACAGUAUAUUCACAUUUCCUUGUUCAUGCACUGUACACUGUACAUUUAUUUAGCAUGUUGUUCUCUAUUGUAUUUUUAUAUUAAAUUGCCUUUCAAGAUGACAUGUCUGUUCUAUGUGUUGGAUUUUAUCAAGUAAAUUUCCCCCAAAAAUUCGACUUACAUACAAGUCGCACCGAAGUAUGUUUUUUUUCUCUUCGUUGGGCAUUUUAUGGCUGGAUCGACUUAUACUCAGGAGCGACUUGUAGUCCCAAAAAUACGGUACUUAAAAUACGUGAUUUCAUCUAUUUUUACCGUAAAUGGAGCAAUCACUGCUGUCUGGUUCAGAGAAUACUAUUACAGCGCUGCUUGUGUUUGAAACUAUACACGCCUACAUGAGGAAUGUGACCACCCGCGGCGACAUGAAAGAGUGUCGCGACUCUCUAAAUACAUGGCACUGCACUGUACUAAGGUAAUUACGCUUUCGGGUUUGGUAUUGUUACGUAGUUUAACGCAUAUGACAUUCCAACACCGGCAACCUGAACAUAUUUAAACAAGCACAGACGUAGUUAUCUGCAUUCUACAUCACAACCUCAAAGAUGGCAUUGGCUCUUCGCCCACUGUUCCUCCUUUGCGGCUUGGCCGGACUGCUGACAGGAGUCGGCUCUUUCCCUGCAAAGAUUUUCAUCGAUGUGAGCUGUCCUGAAGGAUGGACACAGGUGGACGCUAAGUGUUACAUCUUAGAAGAAGAAACUAGGGAAUUUCAAGAAGCAGAGAGCGUCUGCAACAUUCUGGGUGGCAAUUUGGCCUCCAUCGCUAAUGCCGUGGAGAAUGCGGUUGUUUCAGAGGUCGCUGAAAAUGACGUUGCUUCUGCUACUAUCUGGAUUGGAAUUUAUGACAUCACUGGUGAUAACUACUUAUGGACUGACGGCACAAGGAUUGAAUUCGAUAGUUAUGCUAAUGGGGAGCCUAUGAGUGCAAAUGGUAACUGUGUAGAGAUGGUCACAUCAACUGCAGAAUGGAACACUGAACCUUGCAAUACUGAACUUCGCUAUGUUUGCAGCAGAGAGGCGGGCCACUAAGACACUCUUCUUACAAGCCUGUCUUUUGUCACAAUUGAGUUCCUUGAUCAUGAUGACUCAUUGCUUUUGUGUUC